AUGCCGGGCCCAUGGCGCCAACUACGCUCCUUCGUCUUCCUCAACGAUGAAGAGAUGGGCAAGAAGGACGACGACCAUCACCGCCCCGGCGGCAGCGCCAUCAAGAACCCCAUGCUUCUUCGAAACCGCAACCCUCAAUGGCAGCCCGCCGCCAAGAUGCCAUCUCGCCGCCUCUUCCGACGUCUGGCCUACCUCUUCCUCAUAGCCUGCGGCCUCUGGUAUCUGCUGAGCGACCUCUCCUUUGGCUUCGUCUUCCGCGAGAGACCUCCGAACUACAUCUACCCGUACCCCGACGACCCCCGAGAAUCCCGCGAUGCCACCCUCCGAAAGACCGGCCGCCUGCCCAAGGGCCAGUCUGUCCCGCCGGCCGCCGAGCAACAACAUCAUCACGACUACAACGGACCCGUCAAGUUCCUCCGCCUCGCCACCUCUCUGCACUCCAUCGCCGCGACCAAGGGGAGCCAGCCCGUCAACCAGAACGUGCUCUUCGCCGCCUCCAACCUUCAUAGCCUCUCUACUCUACUGCCGUUCGCCUGCAAGAUGGGGACCGAACUGAGGAGUUAUGUGCAUUUCGCCGUCAUGAGCAGGAGUGACUUGGACCUUGACCACCUGAAGAAGAUCAAUGGCGUCGACGAUACCUGCUACAUCAUCUGGCAUGACGCCCGCCCCGACUUCUCGACCCUUUCGACCAACGCACGACUCGAGCAGUCCACCCUACGCGCCCUGCGACACAUCUAUACCUACAUGCACCCGCAAGCCAUCAUAGUUGACGGCUCCGAUGACGAGUAUCUGCCCUUCUUGAAAGGCAUGCGCGAUGAGACCGCUCGCCUCAAGACCCCGCUCAUCGAGCUCCCGGCGAACGCCUGGACACGCCUGUCGUGGUUGGCCAAGUUGGACAGCGCUUCGCUGGCGGCCUGGAAUCACGUCAGCGUCGAUAUCCUGAUCCAAGCUCCCGCGAGCGGCUCCGGCAGUCUGCUACGCCUCCUCAAGUCCCUGGCCGACGCCGACUACACCGCCUUCACGAUUCCCCACCUUACAAUUGAGCUCCCGCAGGACAUGGAGCCUGCGACGGCCAAGUUCCUCGAGACGUUCCACUGGCCGCCGCCACACGUUCACAACCCUGGGCGCGUGCAGAUGCUCUCGCUGAGGCAUAGGAUCCCCCGACAGCGGAUGACGGAGGAAGAGAGCUCCAUUCGCUUCCUCGAGUCGUUCUGGCCAACGACGCCAAGGCACUCCCAUAUCGUUGUUCUUUCUCCGCAGGCCGAGCUAGCGCCGGGCUUUUUCCAUUACCUCAAGUACACCAUGUUGGAGUACCGCUAUUCUCGCCUGUCGACCCUCCAGAAAUGGGAUCAGCGUCUCCUGGGCAUCAGUAUGGCGACGCCUUCCACGUACCUGAACGGCAAUGUGGAUUUCAUACAGCCGACGGCAGAGGGUUCCAAGGCCGGUGAAGGGACAUCCUUCCUCUGGCAAGCGCCCAACAGCAACGCCAUGCUCAUCUUCGGCGACAGAUGGAUCGAGUUGCACGGUCUCGUGUCGGAAGUCGACGCGCUGCAGCAUGCGCGUGGGUCCCAGCCACCGCCGGAGCUAGUGACCGAGAAGGUCGUGAGCAAGAGAUUCCCCUCCUGGCUUGAGCAUGUGUUGCGCCUAUCUCGGCUGCGAGGCUACUUCACGCUGUACCCCAGCGCCGAGACAGCGGCUACCCUCGCGACAGUGCACCGCGAGCUCUACCAGGCGCCCGAGGAAUAUCAAAAGGAAGGGGGCGAGAGAAGGAAGACGGCCGGCCUGUCAGAGUCGGCAGUCGACUUCGGGACGCUCAUCCAGACGCUGGACACGCUGCCGAACAACGGCAGCCUUCUGCCGGCCAAUGACCUUCCCUUGCUGAGCUGGGAGGGCGACGGCACCAGUCUGCGGCACGUGUACCAGAUGGCGGUGGAGUACAUGUUUCGGUGGCGCGAGCAGGUCGGCGGCUGCAGCAAGGAAGCGGCGGGGAGCGAUCACAUCGAUGGGUCUGCGAAAGACCUGUUUUGCACGCCUGAUGGCAAAAUCAAGGGGCUGUAG